GUUAUCGAAACAAGGUCAACAGUAUGAUGAAGUUUUAAGUAGGAUUUUCCCAACAUUCAUUGCGUCCUAGUUAAAACAGUGAUCCAAAGUGAAUCUCAGUGAAAGUGCCUUCAAUGUCAAGGGCAGUCCCAGUUUCUCUUAGCCGCUUUACCGAAAGAAUUACACAUUAGCGACAAAAAGUACCUCUAAAGUCCUGAUUUCUUGGCGAGUUAACUCUGCAGUUGGGGCACAUUGCGUUCUGAGCCCCUCUAAAGUGGUAGCAGAUACGUCGAUCAUAGACUGCAAAAUUUCGAGCUCUUUCUUUAUAAUUUCAUCUCCGGUAUCAUUAGCCAUCACAUGUAUCACAGUUUUUUCACAACAUCAUGCUGCUAAUAAUAUGUGCGGCCGUUUUGGCUCUAUACUAUUUAUUACUCCAGCCGUAUAAUUACUGGAAAGACCGCUCAGUUAAGCAAACCAAUCCAUGGCCUCUUUUUGGAGAUAGUUGGAGAAUGAUUUUCCAAGUUAUGGAUGUAGGCGAAAUUGUUUCUUACUAUUACAAUUCGAUGCCCAAUGUGAGAUAUUAUGGUAUCUAUCAGUUCUUCAGACCUAAAUUAGUAAUACGCGACCCAGAGUUGAUAAGGAGAGUGACUGUAAAGGAUUUUGAUCAUUUUGUCGACCACGUUGCUGAAACUAAUCCCAAAUCUGAUCCAUUAUUUUCCAAGAAUAUUCUAAACCUCAAAGGUGAUGAGUGGCGAAAAAUGCGAUCUACAUUGAGUGGGUCUUUCACAGGCAGGAAAAUAAAGAUCAUGUUCGGUCUCGUAUCGGACGCAGCAAAAAAUUUUGUUGAAUAUUACGAAAAUCAACCCAGUCAAGUUAUUGAAGUUGAAAUGAAAGAUGCGUUUUCCAGAUUUACGAUUGAUGUUAUAGCUACUACUUCGCUGGGGGUUAAAGUGGAUUCCUUAGCUGAAAAAAAUAACUACUUUUUCCAAAUGGGCCAAGAACUAACGGAGCUUAGAUUUUCGCUGUUUUUCAAAAUGUUAUUGUUACAGCUGUUUCCCAGAAUCUACCAAUACUUCCAACUGCAAAUAUUUCGCAAAGAAGUUACCGAGUUUUUCAGCAACUUCGUAGAAACUACAGUUGCAAUCCGCGAAUCUAAAGGAAUUUAUCGACCAGACAUGAUUCAAAUUCUAAUGGAAGCGGCCAAAGGUAUUCAUAAAGGCGAGGAUGGAGAUGCAACUAAAGAAGACUUUUUUGCAGGCGAUGAAGAUACAGAUCAAUCGCAAGUACCACACGAGAUUACCAAGGACGAUAUGACCGCUCAAGCUCUCCUAUUUUUCUUUGCUGGUUUUGAUUCAGUUUCAUCUCUGUUAACGUUUGCAACCUACGAACUAGCAGUUAAUCAAAACGUCCAAGAUAAGCUAAGAGCGGAAAUUUUCGAUACUCUUGAGAAAACCAAUGGAACAAUAACGUACGAGGCCUUAUUUAACAUGAAAUACUUGGAUAUGGUUAUAUCUGAGGCUUUGCGUAAAUGGCCCCCAUUUGUAAUUCUUGGCCGCGAAUGCACUAAAACCUAUACAAUCGAACCGACACUUCCAGAAGAGAAAACCCUAGUUAUUUCCAAAGGCACCGGAAUCCAGAUUCCAUGCUAUGCAAUACAUCAUGAUCCCAAAUACUUUCCAAAUCCAGAAAAGUUUGAGCCGGAAAGGUUCAGCGCCGCAAAUAGAAGCAAAUUAACACCGUAUACCGUUUUGGGAUUUGGUCAAGGCCCAAGAUCGUGCCUUGGAACCAGAUUUGCGUUGAUGGAAGUCAAAAUCAUUAUUUUCCAUCUGCUAAGCAGAUUGGAGAUUGUAACGACUAAGAGAACCCAAAUUCCAUUAAAACUUAGCAAGAAAUUUGGUAUAAAUAUUCGACCAGAAAGAGGACUUUGGAUUGGAUUAAAGAUCCUUAAGUUGUAAUUACAAAUAUCUAAUAGGAAAUAAAGAUAAACUGUUGGUAUCUAGAAA